CAUGUCGUAGAUGUUCUCUAGACAUGACACACAAAAUUGAUCCGUUAAUCUGAAUUUUUCAAAAAGUACAAAAAAAGUAUUACACCCAAUGGGGUGUAAGGUCCUGUGCUAGCAAGAGCUUGCAGAGGCGGUGUUUAUGAAGGCGUAGUAGAAGUUUACAGAUAACGGAAUUUCCCGCAAAGUCUCAAAAAAAUCGCAUUACCUUCGAGAACAUAAAUAGUAUCUGGGCAACAGUUCACAAAAUAUUGUUUAUUUUCGAUCCGACCGUCCUCAGGUCGAAUAUAUGCGACGGAUAAUUGCGGUUCAAAAAUCUAAUAAUAUUAGGUUAUGAACCGCAUCAACAAUGUGGUCGCGAAAGCGAAUUUCCUCAAGCGCUCUCUGGACGUGGGAUCGCUCAUACUGGAAGGCUUUUUCAGGAUGUCAUCAUUAGCUAAAAGCCAACGUAUUACACCUAAAAUAGGUACCCACGGUGGUGUUUUCCACUGUGACGAAGUCCUAGCAUGUUUUAUGUUGAAGCAGCUGCCGGAAUAUGAAUAUGGGGAAAUUAUUAGAACAAGAGACCCACAGAUACUGAAUACUUGCGAUAUAGUAGUUGAUGUUGGAGCUGAAUAUAACCCUCAGAAUCAUCGCUAUGACCAUCAUCAACGUGAAUUUCAUGAAACCCUGUCCACAGUUCUUCCUGAUAUCGGAGUUAGCAAGAACAUAAAAUUGAGUUCGGCUGGAUUGAUCUAUGCACAUUUCGGUCAAGACGUCAUUGCAUCCAUUUUAAAAAAGGCUAAAGUUGAAACACCUGAAGAUUCCAAGAAAUACAUCUACCUUCAUGUUUAUGAUAGCUUUGUCGAGGAAAUGGAUGCAAUCGACAACGGCAUCCCCAUGUACCCCAUUGGCGACCCUUUGUAUCGAAUUAACACCCAUUUGAGUGCCAGGGUACAUAGAUUGAAUCCAGAUGAUGAGGCAAGUAACGCGGAAAUAAUGAAGUGCUUUAAUAAGGCUAUGGACUUGGUCGGUGCAGAGUUUAAAGAAGUGGUUUUGGAGGCAGCAAAAACAUGGUGGCCUGCAAGGAUAGCCAUUCAGGAGGCGGUUGAAAAUCGUGCUCAAGUGUAUCCCAGUGGGGAAAUAAUUUUGUUAGAGCAACGGCAACCCUGGAAGGACCAUUUAGCUUGUCUAGAAAGGGAAAUGGGUAUUGAAGGUCGAGUGAAGUUCUGCAUUUUCAAAGACAAAGCUGAUUCAUGGAGAGUGCAAGGUAUUCCCGUUGAACCAGGAAGUUUCAUUUGCAGAGUCUUUUUGCGCAGUGAUUGGCAUGGCGUUAGAGACGAAGUCUUGAGUAGAAUUUCAGGUAUACCAGACGCGAUUUUCUGUCAUUCUACAGGAUUCAUUGGUGGCUGUAAAUCCAGAGAGGGUGCAAUAGAGAUGGCUAUCAAAAGUUUGCAAGCACAGGAUACCAAUGAAUAAAAUGUAUUGAUUUUUUAAUUGACCUUAAAUUAUUAUUUCAUGUAAGUCUGGAAUUGUUUGAUGUCAUAAAUAAAUAUAUUGUAUAUUUUUAUAGA